AUGUCGACCUUUGCCCUCCGGGGGGAGAAAUAUGAUGUUUGUAUAACUCUGUCUGGUGAGGACACCAUAAAUGAAGUCCUGAGGAAUGUUUUUGAAGAUCUUAUGGUCUGUUGGUGUCUGGCAUCUGACGCCCGCAUGACUGGGGAGGAAUUCGGUAGCAUUCCAAGACUCUCCUCAUGUAAACUCAAUGAUACCUGCUGUGAAACUGUGGCUUUGGCCCUGCAGAUACCAAACUCACCCAUGAUAGAGCUGGACAUGAGUCACAAUGAGCUGCAGGACUCAGGAGUGAAGCUGCUCUCUGAGGGCCUGAAGAGCCCAAACUGUCAGCUGAAGAUAUUGAGUUUAACAGGCUGUGCACUCACUGGACAGUGCUGUGAAUGUGUGGCAUCAUCUCUACAAUCAUCAAACUCCCGUCUGAUAGAGCUGGACAUUAGUGACAAUGACCUGCAGGAUUCAGGAGUGAAGCUGCUCUCUGAUGGACUGAAGAGCCCAAACUGUCAGCUGAAGAUACUGAGAUUGGCAGGCUGUAUACUCACUGGACAGUGCUGUGAAUUUUUGGCAUCAUCUCUACAAUCAUCAAACUCCCGUCUGAUAGAGCUGGACAUGAGUGACAAUGACCUGCAGGAUUCAGGAGUGAAGCUGCUCUCUGAUGGACUGAAGAGCCCAAACUGUCAGCUGGAGAUACUGAGAUUGGCAGGCUGUACACUCACUGGUCAGUGCUGUGAAAUUGUGGCAUCAGUUCUACAAUCAUCAAACUCCCAUCUGAUAGAGCUGGAUAUGAUUCGCGAUGAGCUGCGGGACUCAGGAGUGAAGCUGCUUUCUGAUGGACUGAAGAGCCCAAACUGUCAACUAAAAAUACUGAGAUUGUCUAUCUGUAGGGUGACAGAUGAAGGCUGUGGUUAUCUGGCUUCUGCUUUGCGCUCAAACCCCUCUCAUCUGAGAGACCUGGAUCUGAGCUUCAAUAACCUUGGAGAAUCAGGAGUCAAGAUGCUCUCUGAUCUACUGAACGAGCAAAGCUGCACACUGAACAAACUGGAUAUUGAACAGUGCGAAUAA